CUGUCUUUUUUAAAAUCCCAGAAAACCUCGAAAAGAAGCUUCCCUGCGAGCUCAGAACGGCAGAGCAACCCCAGAGGCUUUGGAACGAUGGCAAAUCAGGUACUGCUUCACUUCCUGGUGCCUUUGUUCUGUGGCGCCAUCUCCCAGCCCAUCCACUACUCCAUUCCGGAGGAGCUGGCCAAGGGCUCUCCGGUGGGGAACCUCGCCCAGGAUCUAGGGCUCAGUGUCCAGGAACUGCCAGCCAGAAAACUGAGAGUUAGUGCAGAGGAUUAUUUCAGCGUGAGUGCAGAGAGUGGAGAUUUGUUAGUGAGUGGCAGGAUAGACCGAGAGAAGAUUUGCGGGAGGAAAUCUGAGUGUGCACUGGAGUUUGAAUCGGUUACUGAAAAUCCGAUGAAUAUUUUCCACGUAACUGUUGCCAUCCAAGAUAUCAAUGAUAAUGCACCACAUUUCUUUGGGAAAAGCAUUGAAUUGGAGAUCUGUGAAUCAGCCUUACCAGGAGUAAAAUUCCCUCUGGACUCUGCACGAGAUGCAGAUGUGGGAAGCAACUCACUAAAGAUGUACACUAUCAGCCCCAACUCACACUUCUCCUUGUCGACGAAGGAAAGUCCCGAUGGAAGUAAAUACCCAGAACUACUGCUGGAAAGAGUUCUAGACAGGGAACACCAGAGCUCCCAUCACUUGCUCCUGACUGCCAUCGAUGGUGGAGACCCACCCCUAAGCAGUACCACCCAGAUCUGGAUCAGAGUCACCGAUGCCAAUGAUAAUGCUCCAGUGUUUAGCCAGGACAUUUACAAAGCUAGCCUCCGUGAAAACAUGCCCCGGGGAACCUUCGUACUGCAAGUGACAGCCACCGACCAGGAUGAGAGUGUUAAUGGAGAGAUCACCUAUGCCUUCCUUAAUGGCCCUGCAAGUACUAACCUCGUCUUCAGUCUCGAUCCAAAUACUGGAGCUAUCACAACUAAUGGUACGUUGGAUUUUGAAGAAAAGAGCAGAUACGUGUUGGGUGUAGAAGCCAGGGACGGAGGAGUGCACACGGCUCACUGUAAUGUUCAGAUUGAAAUUCUUGAUGAGAAUGACAAUGCCCCAGAGGUGACAUUCAUGUCCUUUUCUAACCAAAUUCCAGAGGACUCGGUCCUUGGAACAGUAAUAGCCCUCAUUAAAGUCCGAGACAAGGAUUCUGGACAAAAUGGUCUGGUGAUAUGCCAUAUUCAGGAAGAACUUCCCUUCAAAUUGCAACCCACCUCCAAGAAUUAUUACAAGCUAGUAAUAGACAAGGCCCUGAACCGGGAACGGACCUCAGAGUACAACGUCACUAUCAUGGCUACCGACAGUGGCAAGCCAUCCCUUUCAUCCAAGACAUGUGUUACUGUGCACAUCACAGAUAUCAACAAAGUGCUGGUGGGCGACCGCAACGACAACGCCCCACGCGUGCUGUACCCCGCGCUCGAGCCCGACGGCUCUGCUCUCUUCGACAUGGUGCCGCGCGCCGCCGAGCCCGGAUACCUGGUCACUAAGGUGGUGGCUGUGGACGCGGACUCGGGACACAAUGCCUGGCUGUCGUACCACGUGCUGCAGGCCAGCGAUCCCGGGCUCUUCAGCCUGGGCCUGCGCACUGGCGAGGUGCGCACAGCCCGUGCCUUGGGUGAAAGAGACACGGCCCGGCAGCGCCUUCUGGUCGCUGUGCGUGAUGGUGGACAACCGCCUCUCUCGGCUACAGCCACGCUGCACCUGAUCUUCGCUGACAGCCUGCAGGAGGUCCUGCCAGACCUCAGCGAUGACCCUCUGCCAUCUGACUCCCAGAGUGAGCUGCAGUUUUACCUGGUGGCGGCCUUGGCCCUGAUCUCAGUACUCUUCCUCCUGGCGGUGAUUUUGGCUAUUGCCCUGCGCCUGCGACACUCCUCCAGUUCAGCAGCCUGGAGCUGCUUUCAGCCUGGUCUCAGUUGGAAGUCUCAGUCUGUGAUUCCUCCCAACUGCAGCGAGGGAACGUUGCCCUAUUCCUAUAAUCUGUGUGUUGCCUCGCAUUCUACGACUGCAGCGGGGUUUAAUUUUCUCCAUAUGGCACCAGAGAUUGCUCCCCCUCAGGAUCUCCUGUGUGAUGAUCCUUCUGUGGCUGUAGAUGGCAAUAAUGAAGAUCCCAAAAUCUCAUACGACCCUUCUUCUCUUGGGGUAAGUUUCUGUAGAGCUAUUUAA